CAAGCUGUGGGCAUUCCACUGCCACUGCUACGUUUUCUGUGUGCGUUCAUACCCCCUCAUCCUCUUCCGCCCUCUUUCUCUCGCUGAGUAUUCCCCGACACGGUAAUCGAAAUAAUGUGCGGCGGUUCCAUCAUCUCCGACUUCAUCCCCUUCACCUCCGGCCAGAAUCUGUCCCGUCGGCAUCCCGAAAAUCCCAAAUCGGCCGAUUCCAAAGACUCUGAUCCUGCCCCCUCUCAAGAGAAGAAGAAGGUCCGGAAGAACAUUUACCGCGGGAUUCGGCGUCGGCCAUGGGGCAAAUGGGCGGCGGAGAUCCGCGACCCGAGAAAGGGCGCUAGGGUUUGGCUCGGGACCUACAGUACACCCGAGGACGCCGCUCGAGCUUACGAUGUCGCCGCCCGCGAGAUCCGCGGCAGGAAAGCCAAGCUCAACUUCCCCGAAGAAGUUCCCGACGUCGCCGGCGUCGAUGGCGGCGACGCCUCAAAGAAGCCGCGAGUCGCGCCGGAGGGCUGGUCCGCUUCGCCGGCUAGUACGGAGGGGCUCAGGGAGCAGAUUUCAAGCUUGGAGACGUUUCUGGGGCUGGAGCCCGAGGUAGUGCUUACUGUGGAGACCGGCGGUUCCGGAGUGGACUGUUUCGGGAUGUGGGAUGACGAUUAUUGACUCAACGGAUGGCUGUGAUUCGAUGGUGGCAGAUUUGUUUUAUGUUGAAGCGUGAAUCUUGAAACAAAUCCAAUGAUCCAAACUCUUUUGUUUAUUUAAUGAUUGAAGAAGGGUAGGAUUUUGUAGUUUUCUAUUUGGAAUUAAAAAUCUCUUAUGUACGCUAUUAGAAAAGUAAUUACUGCUAUGAUGAAUGUAUUUAGUAUUGUCA